AUGCGCACCGGGCUGCCGAGGACCGCCUGCUGCCUGCUGCCGCUUACCGUCGCCCUCUGCGCGCUGCUCUCGCACGCAGCAGCCUACUUCGGGCUCACCGGUCGGGAGCCCUUACUGUUCUUGCCCAGUCCGCACCCCCUGGAUCCCCCCAGCGGCAGAGCGCAUGUGAAGCAGUGCGAGCAGUUGAGCCUCACACGCCGUCAGAAGCGCGUGUGCCGGAGGGAGCCCGGGCUGCCCGAGACGCUGCGCGAGUCCGUCCGCCUCAGCCUGCUGGAGUGCCGCUACCAGUUCCGCAACGAGCGCUGGAACUGCAGUCUGGACGGGAGGGGCAGCCUGCUGAAGAGAGCCUUUAAGGAGACAGCCUUCCUGCUGGCAGUGUCUUCAGCAGCGCUCUCGCAUGCGCUGGCCAAAGCGUGCAGCUCCGGGCGCAUGGAGCGAUGCACGUGUGACGACUCUCCGGGUCUGGAGCAGCGUGAAGCGUGGCAGUGGGGAGUGUGUGGGGACAACGUCAAGUACAGCACCAAGUUCCUCAAAAAGUUCCUGGGCCAGAAACGAGUCAGCAAGGAUCUGCGGGCGCAGAUUGAUGCCCAUAACAUUAAUGUGGGCAUCCGGGCUGUGAAGAGUGGUCUGAAAACCACCUGUAAGUGUCACGGCGUCUCCGGCUCUUGCGCCGUGCGGACGUGCUGGAAGCAGCUCUCGCCGUUCCACGACACAGGCCGUCUGCUCAAGUUCCGCUACGACACGGCCGUGCGCGUCCUCAGCCUCACCAACGCUGCCACCGGUGAGACCGAGCUGGCCGGCCCCCGUCGCCAUGGCAACAGCGCAGUUCCCCGGCCCCGCCCCACAGAUCUGGUGUUCCUGGAGGAGUCGCCCAGCUUCUGCCGACCGUCUCGCUACUCCCCCGGCACAGCUGGACGCCCCUGCGCCAAGGACACGAGCUGCGGCAGUCUGUGCUGUGGGCGGGGUUACAACACAGCCCUGCGCCUCACCACACUGUCAUGCCACUGCCAGGUCCGCUGGUGCUGCCACGUGGAGUGCCAGACCUGCCUUAGAGAGGAGGAGGUGUACACCUGCAAGAAGCACUGAGACACUGUGUUUGCGAUGGUGCCCUCAUCACUUUUCCCGUCAUUGCAUCAGGAGCACUGUAUAGAACACUAUCGUAAGGAACAGAGAGGGUCCUAUAAUCACUAUUUCCUAUAUUGAACAGUUUGUAGCACUACAUAGAACACUAUUAUAGGGGACAGAAAUGGUCAUCUAAUCGCUAUUCCCUGCACUGGAAGAAUCAGAAACAUUAUAUAGAAAACUAUUAUAGGGAACAGAAUAGGCCCCCCAGUCACUGCAUGAUGUCGAGCAAUAUAAGAAAAAAAAAUUACUAUUUUGUUAACGACACAGGAAUUUUGGUCAUCACUCUGCGACAGUAGUCACAUUGCACCUCAUUCGAAGCAGUGUAUUAUGAAUAUUCCAUGUUCGCUAGGGUACAUUGUUUAAACACUCUUGUGAUACAUUAAAGAAUUGUAUGAGUGCCAUGGACACUCUCCACUAUGUUUUCGGACGCCACUACAGAAGGGCUCCCAAAAUAGUGCAGUGAAUACAGUGAAUGGGGCCUAGUUUAGGACAGAGCCAGGAAGAGAAGGAAGAAGAAGGGAAUAGAUAUAGGGAAAUGGAGAGGGACACUGAAAAACAGGGAGAAAGGAAGGUAGGGAGGUCUUUGGGUAUAAGGAUAGCAGAGAGAGCGCGAAUGAACGACACAAACACGGAAAGAGAAAAACACAAAAGCAAAGGGUGGUUUUGAAGUAUGAAAAUCUGGACAAAGGUGGAUGAAAGAAAGAAAAGAGCAGUGGGGUCCGCUCCUGCAUGAUUGCAGACAGUUCCAGGGGCUAAAAGAAGAGAGUUUAGCAUCGCUCUCUCAAACUCUGGCCUCUCAGACAAGUGUGGGCAAAGUUGGACAAGGACCCCAAGGCAUGGCUCACAAGAUGCCUGUCUGAAAUAGGAGUUGCACUCCUGCUGUCAUAGAAGCAAAAAAGAAACAUUGCACAAAUUCCAUGUCUUUUGGCUUCACUGAGAUUGCUUCAAGUGGAGGAGAACCACUUAUAGGUCUCAGCAGGACUGAACUUCUUUUCUCUUUUCUCCUGCUGAACGCACUGAAAAGAAAAAGGCCUUCCAGGAUCUCCAGAGAUGCAGGAGCCAUGAACCAUAAUAGGUGCUCCUAGGACGAAUUAGACGUUUGGAAAAACUGGCAACCCUGAGCAAACUGUAAAGGAGAAUUCACCAGUGCCACAGUGAUCCACUCAUUUCUCUGUCUGUCUGUCUGUCUGUCUGCCUGCCUGUCUACCUGCAUAGCUGUUUUGCUGCAAAAAUCAAAAUAAGGGUCAAAUAUUAUGCUGAAAUUAUGAAGCACUUAUUGUUGUUAUGAUGUGUAUAUUGUGUCCUUUGCUUGGUGGAGGAGAAAGUCAUGUAACUGUGUAAACCAAAGGCAUUUUAUAUAAUUUUAUCCUGUGGAAAAACUAGAAUAUGUGAUGGAAAUAUGCAACAAUAUUACCUUUGAUUCAUUUUUAGCUAUAAAUUAUAAUAAAAAAUAUCCAAUUGUUAAUUUCUGGUAAAUAUUUAAAGGCCCAUAUAAAAGAAGCACAUUUUCCUCACGUUUUUUUAGAUUAUAGUGUUUUAUUUAGUGUGUAAACAAAGUUUCAAAAUGCACUGGUCACUCUCCACCAUACAGGCCAGUGUUUUUGCGAACCACCAUAUUUACAUAUAUCCAUAUAUUCAUGUAUUCAGCCUACAGCAGUUUAGCCCCGCCCAUUCACAUUGAUGUUAUAAGCAGUGUUUCAGCCUAGACUACUAUUUGAAUGAGGCACAACACAGGAUAGCUAAUCAGAGCAGAGAUUUACAGUCAUUUGCAUCCUCUACAGAGAACACACAAAUACGGCAUAUUGGAAAAAUAUAAAACAUAGAAUAUAAAACAUGCCAUAACUUUUGCACAGGCCACAUUUCAUGUGUUAUUGUUUCCUCAAAUGUGUUAAAUCCAGAAAAUAAACAGUAAUUUCGUAUUAAAAUGUGACAAAGUGUGUUCUCUGUAGAGGAUAUGUUAACUUAUUUUCACUUCAACACAAUCAAUAAAACGUCAUUUGACCAUGGUCCCCAAACUUUUGCGUACAACUGUAAUCAGUCUUAACGUCAUGGCAACAAAAACAACCGGUUUAAAUCUAAAGGAUAAGGAGAGGUUGGAAAAUGUUUUAUGACUGUUUUGGGUACAUAAAACCAAACAAAUGUAAUAAAGGGGCAAAUAUAACAUAACAACAACGUAGAAUAUGGGCAUUUUAAAGAAAUAAGCUGAGUAUUGUUGGUAGACGUGUUGGGUUUAAUAAUAUAGCAAUCAAAAAACAAGCCAAAGCCAUGUAAUGCGUAAUUGUGACUAAGUGUUCAUGAGCGAAACAUGCAUGAAAGAAUGCAAAGGCCAGUACAGCGUGUUAUUAGUGUGCAUGUGAUCCCAUUC